CCUAAUGGAUGAGUGUUUCGGACGUGCCUUGCCUUUGUUUAUAAUUUAUAUCGAGUUCGUGAAAUAAUAUUUAAUAAUAAACUGAUUCGUCUUAAACGUUAAUCUAUGAUAAAAAAUGACUUAAAAAUAAAUGUUGUGAUGAGUGUUACAAUUAUUUGAGUGUAUUGAGUAAAAUGGGCUUGAUAACGUCCAGGGAACAAACUAUGUUGGAUGGACCGGUCGGUGCGACAAAAAGCCAUCAUGUACGGCAGCCGUCCACUAGGAAUCGAACUAAACCACCUAUGCCAGACAGAGAUGAACUGGAAAACAGAUUUGUUAAAGUUCUGGCGUCCAUGGACCUGCCGCCAGACAAAGCGAAGCUGCUCCGGAGCUACGACCUGGAGAAGAAGUGGGAGAUCAUCUGCGACCAGGACAUGGUGCAGGCGAAGGACUCUCCCGCGCACUACCUCAACAAGCUGCGCACCUACCUUGAUCCGAAAGCCUCGAGGAGUCAUCGGAAACGGAAGAUGGUCGGCGAGUCGACGUCCACGCAAGUGCUGCGUGACUUGGAGAUAUCACUGCGAACGAACCACAUCGAAUGGGUCCGCGAGUUUCUCAACGAACAGAACCAGGGCUUGGACGUGCUCAUCGACUACCUGAGCUUCCGGUUGAGCAUGAUGCGCCACGAGCAGCGGAUAGCACUUGCUCGAAGCCAGUCCAGCGACGGUAUUCACCAAGCAGCCAAUACCACAACGUCGGAGUGCAGCGUGCCCAUGGAAGGUAGCGGCACGUUGAGCUCGACGUGGCGGCGACGGGCGCGCUCCGCCGACUCGGAGCUGGAGGUGGGAGGGAGCCCGGCCGUCGCCAGGCGACGGACGCGUCACGCCGCGAGACUGAACAUGGGCGCCUCCACCGACGACAUACACGUGUGCAUCAUGUGCAUGCGAGCCAUCAUGAAUAACAAGUACGGGUUCAACAUGGUGAUACAACACCGGGAAGCAAUCAACAGCAUCGCUCUGUCUCUCGUCCACCAUUCAUUGAGGACCAAGGCUCUGGUAUUGGAACUCUUGGCUGCCAUAUGUCUGGUCAAGGGUGGACACCAGAUCAUACUUUCGGCGUUCGAUAACUUCAAGGAGGUGGUUGGAGAGCCGCGGAGAUUUCACACGCUCAUGGAGUACUUCAUGAAUUAUGAUAGCUUCCAUAUUGAGUUUAUGGUGGCGUGCAUGCAGUUUGUGAACAUAAUAGUUCACUCCGUCGAGGACAUGAACUUCAGAGUGCACCUGCAGUACGAGUUCACUGCGCUCAAGUUGGACGACUACCUGGAGAGACUGCGGCACUGUGAGAGCGAGGACUUGCAGGUUCAAAUAUCGGCGUAUUUGGACAACGUGUUCGACGUGGCCGCACUCAUGGAGGACAGUGAGACAAAGACUGCGGCGCUCGAGAAGGUCAACGAGCUGGAGGAUGAGUUGGGACAUGCUCACGAAAGGUUGGCCGCGUUAGAAAGAGAUGCAAUAGCGAAACUGGCGACACUGGAGUCAGAGCUGGCGCAAGUUCGACAGGAGAGGGACCAGCUGGCUGAGGCAAGAAGACAGGUGGUCGAAGAGGUUUCGACACUACGACGAGCACAGCAGGACUCCCGCAACCGGCAGUCCAUGUUGGAGUCCAAGGUGCAGGAGCUCGAAUCACUUACCAAGUCGCUGCCCAGAGGAUCUUCCAUGGGUGCGAUCUCGAGCCACGCGCUUUGCAACGGAACUGGCAACGGGCCCACCAUCGUCACCAACGGCCCCGCCUCCAUCACCAACGGUCACAUGUCGCCGUCCCCGCCGCCUCCGCCGCCGCCCCCCGCGGCCCUCCUCAACGGCAGCUCUGCCCCCGCCCCACCCCCGCCGCCGGCCCCGCUGCCCCCUCCUCCUCCCCCUCCCCCGCUGUCCGUCCAGCCGCCCGCCCCGCCACCAGCCCCGCCCGCGCCCGGCAUGCUGCCGCCGCCACAUCAUACCGAUGCCAUGACCAUCAAGCGGAAGGUGGACACCAAAUAUAAGCUGCCCACGUUGAAUUGGAUCGCUCUGAAACCGAAUCAGGUACGAGGCACUAUCUUCAACGAACUGGACGAAGAGCGGCCGCGGCGGCGCAUCAACUUCGCGGAGUUCGAGGAGAAGUUCCGUAUCGGGUCGGCGUGCGCCGCGCUUCCGUCUGCGGACGACGCGCUCUCAACUUUCCCCAGCAAGAGAUUCCGCAAGCCCGACACAGUGUCGCUUCUGGAGCACACGCGGCUGCGUAACAUCGCAAUCUCAAGGCGAAAACUCGACACACCAGUGGAGAAAGUAAUCUUAGCCGUAAACAGCUUAGAUCUGAAACAACUACCUCUUGAAAGCGUAGAAAUCGUUCAAAGAAUGGUUCCCUCUGAAGCCGAACAAAAAGCCUACAGAGAAUACCUUUCGGAGAAGAAGAACAUCAACCAACUAACCGAGGAAGACAAGUUCCUCAUGCAACUAGGCAAGGUCGAGCGAAUUUCGGCAAAGUUGUCUAUCAUGAGCUACAUGGGCAAUUUCUUCGAUAACAUUCACCUGAUAACUCCACAAAUACACGCCAUUAUUUCUGGAUCCUCUUCAGUGAAGUCUUCCCAGAAACUGAGGAAUGUUCUCGAGAUUAUAUUGGCAUUCGGGAACUAUUUGAAUAGCAGCAAACGUGGGCCAGCGUACGGGUUCAAACUGCAGAGUCUAGAUACGUUGAUGGACACCAAGGCGACAGAUAAGAGAGUGUCGUUGUUGCACUACAUGGUCGCGACGAUCCGACAGAACUUCCCGGAGUUGAUGAACUUUGAUACAGAGUUGCUCUAUAUAGAUAAAGCUGCGCAGGUAUCGCUAGAGAACGUAUUGGCCGAUGUAAGUGAGUUGGAGCGCGGUAUGGAGGCGGUGCGGCGAGAGAGUGAGGCGAGGGACUCGCACCGUGCGUCACACGCGCACGUGCUCAGGGACUUCCUCGCCAACGCCGCAGAUAAGCUGCGCCGGCUACGGCACGAGACUAAACAUGCACAGGAUUCGUUCGCAUCGUGUGUCGAAUACUUCGGUGAGGCGCCGCGCAGUUGUGACGCUAACACCUUCUUCUCGCUUCUUGUCAGAUUUACGAGAGCAUUUAAGCAAGCGGACGCAGAGAAUGAACAACGGCGGAGGUUGGAGCAGGCCGCGCUACAAGCGGACAACGUCGACCCCAAGAAGACCAAACUUGUGCAGAAGAAACAACAGGAAGCUGUAAUCAACGAAUUAAAAACGAAAUCGCAGGGGGUCGGCGAGAAGAAGUUACUCCACCAGCACGAGGUGUACAACGGCGCGCUGGAGGACAUCUUGCACGGGCUGCGGAGUGAGCCCUACCGCCGGGCCGACGCCGUGCGCCGCUCACACCGUCGCCGCAUCAACUCCCACCGACUGUCCAAGGGCUUGGAGGAGCUCGACGUAUGAUACGAGCUGGAAUCCGGCCACUCGCCGGAUUUCUCUGUCCGAAACGCCGUCACCUCGAUCAACGAGCGCUGUGAGAAACGACGCAAAGACUUGGAGAUGGUGCACAACAAACCGAUAACGAUAUAUAAUAUCGAGGACAAUAUUGAUAUACCGGUUGGGGACGGGCGCAGGCCGCGGGCCUCCGGGUACAGGGUGGCGCCCUCCGAGAACGUGGAGGAGAGGUGUGAGUUGAUCAAGUCGACGUACGGCGUUAUAUCGAAGUACACGCGCGCCAUGUUCGACAGAAACGAGACCGUGGUGUGAAUGUGUGUGUUGAACCGCCUUAAUAUAGCUUUAUAUAAAUGUUGCAUUUUAUGAAACAUUCAGAGAAAUACUUUUAAAUAUCAAUAGCUUUGAAUGUAACUAAACAUUCUUGUAUCCGCGAUGUGUGAAUGGAAAAAAUGGCUCCAGGAAAUUUAACGGAUCAAUUUAGAUGCAAAGUGCUUGAGCAGUCCUGCUCAUUGAAAAAAAUAAAUUAACAUAUGUGACCUUGGUUUUGAUUUGCUGUAAUGUUCUAUAAAAUGCAAUAAACUAUUUGUUACUCAAAGUUAUUCCAUAUAAUUCCCGUAUUUUGCUGUCAGUUUACAUUUUUUGAUAACUAUACAAGCUUGCCACGGCACAACAUAACAAUAAUGUAAGCUGCCUCACUGCUGCACGAAAUAAUAGACUGACUGUGUUUUGACGCUUUACACUAAAUAGUUUUAAAUUUGCAAUAAUAUAUAUUCUGCCCUCCUCAGUGUAUCCAUAUUAUGAAAAGUCGGUACUUUCGUUAUCUUUGUAUUACUAGGAUAAAUAAGCUGAAAUAAAAUUUAUGAUCAAUGCGGGGCUCGAACCCGCGACCUUCAGUGCGAGUGCUCUUCCGUUCGGUUCAGUUCUUGUUCGGUUUAAUUGUGUAAUUAAUCCCAGAAGUGAGGGUUAUCACUUUAAAAACAUAACAAAUUGUUUAGAUUUGUAAGAGCGACGUCUCAAGUCAAUUUCCUAAUAUGCAAAUAUUGGGGUUGAGCUGUAAAGAAGAUCCUAUACAUGAAGCCACAACCUGAGAGUUGAACAAAGCAUACAAGGUUUUAUAAACGAUGCGUCACUCGAACGGUUGGCUCAGCGAAAGAGCACUCGCACGGAAUGCGAGAGGUCGCGAAUUCGAGUCCCGCGUCGAUCAUAAAUUUUGUUUAUAAAUUUUAUUUGUGUAAUUAAUCCCAGAAGUGAUAUCAAUAUUUAUCCUUCUCUAUUUAACAAUAUUGUGAUAAUAUAUUAUGUUAAGAAACUGUUGUUUUUUGGGUACUUUGGCUGAGGAUGGUCGCUACACGCACAGAUUUUACAGUUUCAGUAAUUUUAUACGCAUAUAUUAAUAAUACAAUACUUAGUGUUUAUGUGCACGAGUUUUGUGCAAUUAUAUUGUAUGUAGCAUUUUGUACCUUAUUAUUAUUAGCAAUAGCGAUAUGUAGAUUUUUUACACUUGUAAUAUUAUGACAAUUUUAACGGUUAUGGGCUUAAGAAAAAAAUAUCCAGACCAUUUAAUUAAAUAUAUAUUUUCGUUAGGUGGCAUUUUUCAUGACAAAAAUUUUAGUGUAUAAUUAGGUGUAGCACAUUGAAAGUAAAUGAUCACACAAACACUGCCAUUUUAUGGUCAUGUUAAAUUUAUCAGUUAAUAUUAAUAAGACAAUUUUUAAUUUGAAUUUGCACAUAUUUUCAUAUUAGAGUCUUUUCUAUGUAUGCUUCUAACUUAGAGUAAGGAUUGGUCUCCGCUGCGCUCCAACUAGAUACUGCAGGCGUAGUCGCAAAGUGCGGCACCUAAUACUACACCCAAGUGGGUGUACUCAAGCCAGUCUCGAACAAUCUGUGACGUUGACGUGCCACAUGUUCUGUUAAACUUUGCUGAUAAUUGAAACUAAAAUACCAGGUUGCGGCAAAUAAGAAAGACACUGGGACAUAUCAUCAGUAAGUAUUUUGUAUUUUAUUAAUUUCAAUGUAAAAUAACACGAAGCGAAUAUUAUAAAAUUUGAAAGAUGCCAUCUGCAUCUAAUAGUUGCCGUAAUUAGAAAGCUAUUGAUUCUAGGUAGUGCGGUAUCUAGUUGGAGCGCAGCGGAGACCAAUCCUUAAUCUAAGGCUUCUAAUUAUAACGUUAAUUGUAAUUGUAAACGUACCUUAAAGUAAUAGGAAAUACUUCAAACCGCUUCGUCAGCACUUAUUCUAUUUAUUUAAAUUUCGGAAGCAGUAUAUAAUUAUUAUUUAUACGAAGACUGAGAAUCUUAGCACAAGUUUGAACCACGUGUUUUCGUCCAAAGAAUUUCCUGGAACAUGACCCAAAUAGAUCUUAUAAAGGUUUAUUUUACAAACUUUAGUGCACAUAUAACAAUUAUGUUUUUUUCUAUUAAAAUAUAAAUUGUGUAUUUAUUUUCAACUUGAAUUGUAGUCUGUAAGUGAUCUGAUUUGUUAUUUAUAAUGUUUUUAUUGUAAAUAUGUUCAAUAUGGCGACACCGCAUGUGAGUCACGUGUAAAUAUUUAUAACGGUGGUAAGAAUGUCAUGAAAUAUGUAAUUAGUUGGUUCGGUGAUCCUCGGCGGUGUCGCCGUGAUAUUAUUAAGUUAUUAAAUGGAGUAUAAUUAAUAUUAAUAUAUUGUUUCGAAUACCGCACAGUUUGUGAAUACAUUGUUACUGAGAGGAACGUCGCUACGCUACUGGGUCGCGGGUUCGAGUCCCGCAUCCUUCAUUAAUUUAGUUUUCAAAUUUAAUUUGUGGUAUUCGUCUUAAUUGUUUUCUUUUAUAGAAAAAAUCGGCAGGUCUUAUUAAAAUGUAUUUGGCUGAGAGUUAUAUUAAUAUAACCAAAUUCAAAAACUCUUUAUUCAUGUAGGUCACGGAAAUGACACUUAUGAAUGUCAAAAAAUAAAAAUAAAAAAUUCUUAUUGAGUUUAUCGCUCAUUCGUAAAGUGUUGAGUCAAUGAGAAGAAGUAGCAAGAAACUCAUUGCCACUCUUUUUAGUCAAGUAAACAUUUUAAUUGUUUUACAAAAUAUCAUUUCAAUUACAAUAUAUGCAAAGUAAUGCAACAAAAAUACUCAAAUGUCAAAAACUGAAAGGCUUACACGAGUAAGUCAAAAAAAAGUAAAUUAAUACUUAUAAACACAAGAGUUAUUGAGUAUAGUAGAUGCAUCAAUCCACACAUACCGUAAAAAAAAAACCCGAACGUAGUCAUUAAUAGGGAUAUACAUAUAUCUAUUCAUCCUUCCACUUGAAUAAUUGUUAUAAUUAAUAUACAGGGCUUGUGAGUGUAAGUAACAGUGUAUUCCCAACAUUCGGUGCUUUUCGCACGUUGAUACGUAGACUCGUGUUAUUUUAUAUAUAACGUAAAUGUUACAACAUUUCAAAAUGUUGAAUCGGAGAAGUGAAUGUCAGGGUUGUUUGAACGAAAUUGUGAUUCAGUGGAAGUUAAAGUUACGUUAUUUUUAACUAAUUGUGGGCAUUUGGUGAAAUAGUUCAAACUUAUUCUUGUGAUACUAGAUUUCAACUAUCAGUUAUAUAGAAGAUAACUCCAGGUCAAAUUAUGUUUUAACGGACUAGUAAAAAAAUAAGGACCCCGUGUCACAUAACAGUGUAGCACCAAAACAAGCCGAUUAAAGUGUUAAUAAAAAGCCGCACGCACACACACUACUACACGCCGAUAGGCGGCCAUUAUGAGAAUUGUCAUCGUCUGUGACAGAUCAGUUUGCGUCUCAAUAAAAUAUUUUAAAAAUGCCGUCGUGCGUUGUGAAAAAGUGUAAAAACGAUACUAUAUAAGUAUUUGUGGCCAUAUAUGAUUAUUUAAGGGAGAAAAAAUUGUGUAACUAGUAUCCCCUGUAACCGCAAACACACUAGCAUAACGGUUCUUCACUUGCUAUUAUCGCGGCGCGGAGUCCUUCUUUUUUUACUCGUCCGUGUUUAACGGGUAGUUUGAAAACUCAAUUUUGUACGAAUUGUCUUAUCACUAAAGGACUCUCACUAUUUUAUUUUGGCUAUAAUGUUUUGUUUGAUUUAUGUCUGAAAAUUGUUGGAAUAAUAAUUCAAAUGAAGCAAUACACCGUCUCCACAUAGGUAUAUUUUUAUUAUUGUAAAAUGAUAUUGUGUAAAUGAUUUUGUGUUAUUUUGCUCAUUGCAUGUGCGCUAGACUUAGAAACAGUAUUCAGUGAUGCAAUAAAAUAUACAUUAUACAAAA